UCAAUGGGCAGAGGGCUAUAAAAGGAACUUUGGGAGACGUACCCUAAUCAUAACAGAUAGGCUGAUCUACAAUUCGGGUUUAAACCCCUGCACGCCACAUCACAACUUUCCAGAGAAGCCUGUCACACAAGAGGCAAGUUGAACUUCAGCAACUUUGUCAUUAUUUUGUCUGCAUGACAUGCCAUGUCUUUUCUGGGGUAAAAUUGUAUAGCCUAUUGAACUUUAUUUGUAGUACAAAUGGUUGCUUAUCAAACAUAGACAUUAAGUCUUAUUUUACUUUAUUUGGAAUGAAAAAUUGCGGUUUAUGAAACACAGAAAUGUAUUCCAGAUAUGAGUUUAUGAUCUAAACCUUUGUUUAUUUUUCUUUGACAGGUUCUCAAAAUGUUUCCCAUCAGAGGUUUGGACAUAAAAGUGGUACUCGUAUCACUCUGCAUUUUAUACUAUUCAACGCUAUCAGAAGGACGACCAUUGAGAAAGAGAUCUGUUAGUGAAGUACAACUAAUGCACAACCUUGGAGAACACAAGCACGUGCAGUUGAGGCAAGAUUGGCUUCAGAUGAAACUGAGGGACAUCCAUACAGCCUCGCUCCGAAAUGCAGAGAGAGUGGAGAAAGUGAGAACCAGAAGCCUUCUUCCCGAGGAUCUUCCGGAUUUGGAGGAGUUAACGUCAAACGAAGUUAAAUACAUGUUGGAGAAACUCCUCAACGCUCAUUGA